AUGAGCCAGAUUCUGGAAAGCGAGAGCGAUGGUGGCUCUUCUAGUAUUUCUGAAAGCUCGGUGGUUCCAGAAAAUCAAUUUACCAUGCAAGAUGAGCUAGAACAGUAUGCCAAAAAACUCGAUUUUCUAAGACUCGAUGGAGAUGAAGAACCCUUAAAGGAGAUGUCGCUGAGCUCUGCCGACUUGCAAGAGAGCAACGGCAACAUUAAGACGAAAGAAGUGCCCACAUUCAAGGCGCCAAUGACCACUUCGGUCAUCUUGACGCAUUUGACGCCAGCGGGAGAUGCCGCUAUCAAGCACGUGAUAUCCAAAGAACAACAACAUCCCGUAAAACUGCACAUCAAGUUUCAAGCCAUUGGUGCAGUGCCGCAGGUGUCUCCACAAACCGCCCAGAUUUCGUCGUCGCAGCCGUUUUCCGUGUUGAUCACUUUCCUGAAGAAAAAGCUGAAAGUGGCCACCGUCCACUGCUAUGUGAACAAUUCGUUUUCUCCGGCUCCACAGCAAUCUGUGGGAGAUUUGUGGAUGCAUUUCAAGGUGAAAGACGAAUUGAUUGUCAAUUACUGCAAGGGAGUCGCUUUCGGCUAA